GGUUCAAUCGGCGUCUUCGUCAUUUCGUUGCGUUUGUUAUUUCCAGAUAAAACAUUGUAAAAAUGUUGUUUUGCAAAAGCUAAUUUAAUUAAUUUAUGUUUCGUCUUGUUGCCGAGACAAACCGCGUUUAGCGUUGAUCGCACGCGUCUUAUAAACACUACUGCCAAGAUGGCUGAUAUAAAGUCAAUGUUCUCAAAGAUGAACCAAAAUGGCACUGGGGAUGCACCAGCUCCUGCCGCAAAGGGUUCAAAGAACACCAUUGAAAAGAUCUACCAGAAGAAGUCACAACUGGAGCACAUUCUGCUUCGUCCGGAUACGUACAUUGGCUCCGUCGAGAGGGCUACCGAGAAUAUGUGGGUGUACGACAAGAGCAAGGAGUGCAUGGUGCAGAGGGAAUUAACUUUUGUGCCUGGUUUGUACAAAAUAUAUGAUGAGAUAUUGGUGAACGCAGCUGACAACAAACAAAGGGACCCCAAGAUGGAUGUGAUCAAAAUUGACAUUAACCAAGAGCAGAACACUAUCUCGGUGUACAAUAACGGCUGCGGCAUCCCAGUAGUGAUGCAUCAAGACGAGAAGAUGUAUGUCCCCACCAUGAUCUUCGGACAUCUACUGACGUCAUCCAACUACAACGAUGAAGAAGAAAAAGUGACAGGAGGCAGAAACGGCUACGGAGCCAAACUCUGCAAUAUCUUCUCAACGAAAUUCACAGUUGAAACUGCUUCAAAACAGUACAAGAAACACUUCAAACAAACUUGGGGCUCCAACAUGACGAAAGCGUCGGAACCCAAAAUAAAGGAGUCUGGCAAAGAUGACGAUUUUACCAAAGUGACGUUUAGUCCUGAUUUGGCUAAGUUCAAGAUGGAAAAGCUUGAGGAUGACAUUGUCGCGUUGAUGUCGCGACGAGCGUACGACGUCGCAGCCUCUACCGCUGGCGUCAAAGUGUACUUGAACGGUGAACGUCUCAAAAUAAAUAAGUUUAAGGACUAUAUUGACUUGUAUAUCAAAGGAAAAGAGGAUGAAAAUGGGCAGCCUUUGAAAGUUGUUUACGAAAAGGUUAACGACCGCUGGGAGGUCGCUCUAACAUUAUCUGACAGAGGGUUUCAACAAGUCUCCUUUGUCAACUCUAUUGCAACUACAAAAGGCGGCAAACACGUUGACUCUGUGUCCGAUCAUAUAGUAAAGAGCGUUUUAGAAGUUCUCAAGAAGAAAAAUAAGGGUGGAGUCAAUAUUAAGCCUUUCCAAGUUAAAAAUCACAUGUGGUUGUUUAUCAACUGUCUGAUUGUGAACCCGACCUUUGAUUCUCAGACCAAGGAGAACAUGACACUCCAAGCGAAAAGCUUUGGUUCGAAAUGUAACUUCUCUGAGAAGUUUGUGACGGCAGUAACCAAGUCCGGAUUGGUUGAAUCAGUGUUAACAUGGGCCAAGUUUAAGGCUCAAACGGAACUGGUGAAGGCAUCAGGGAAGAAACAGAGCAAAUUGAAAGGUAUUCCGAAACUGGAAGACGCGAACGACGCUGGUACGAGGAAUGCUCAUCUCUGCACCUUGAUCUUAACUGAGGGAGACUCAGCCAAGACUUUAGCCGUGUCCGGCUUAAGCGUUGUAGGUCGUGAUCAUUAUGGCGUCUUUCCGCUUAAGGGUAAACCUUUGAACGUGCGUGACGCGUCUCACAAGCAAGUCUUGGAGAACGUAGAAAUAAAUAACUUGAUAAAAAUCCUCGGAUUACAGUACAAGAAGAAGUACAAUACGAUAGAUGAUUUGAAAGCUUUGAGGUAUGGCAAGUGCAUGAUAAUGGCCGAUCAAGAUCAGGACGGUUCUCACAUUAAAGGCUUGAUCAUCAAUUUCAUUCAUCACAAUUGGCCCGAAUUGUUGAAACUGCCGUUUUUAGAGGAAUUCAUCACGCCUAUAGUGAAAGCUACUAAGAAGGACAAGGAGAUAUCAUUCUACUCGUUACCUGAGUUCGAGGAAUGGAAGAGAGAUACGGAAAAUCAUCACACAUACAAUAUCAAAUACUACAAAGGUUUGGGUACCUCCACAUCCAAGGAGGCUAAAGAAUAUUUCCAGAAUAUGGACAGGCAUAGGAUUAGGUUUAAGUACGGGGGGGCUACGGACGAUCAUCACAUUGAAUUGGCGUUCUCUAAGAAAGGUGCCGAUCAACGGAAGGAGUGGUUGACGAGUCACAUGGAUGAAGUCAAGCGGAGAAAGGAGAUUGGUCUUCCGGAGAGAUAUUUGUAUACUAAAGAGACGAAAGCGGUUAGCUAUUCGGAUUUCGUCAAUCUGGAACUGGUUCUAUUCUCAAACGGUGACAAUGUUAGGUCCAUCCCGUCAAUGAUAGAUGGUCUGAAGCCGGGCCAGCGUAAAGUGAUCUUCACGUGCAUAAAGAGGAACGACAAACGGGAGGUCAAAGUUGCCCAGUUGGCCGGUUCAGUGGCGGAGCACUCUGCUUACCAUCACGGCGAGCAGUCGCUGGCCAUGACGAUAGUGAACCUGGCGCAGAACUACGUGGGCUCCAACAACGUGAACCUGCUGCAGCCGCGCGGCCAGUUCGGCACGCGGCUGUGCGGCGGCAAGGACAGCGCCAGCCCGCGGUACAUCUUCACGCUCAUGUCGCAGCUCACCCGGCUCAUAUUCCAUCCGCACGAUGAUCCUUUGCUGGUGCACGAAUUCGAGGAUAACCAAAAAAUCGAGCCGGUACAUUACAUUCCCAUCAUACCAAUGGUGCUGGUGAACGGAGCUGAAGGUAUCGGCACGGGAUGGUCCACAAAGAUACCUAAUUACAAUCCUCGGGACAUCGUCCAGAAUAUACUCCGAAUGCUAGACGGCGAGGAGCCGAAACCGAUGCACCCGUGGUACAAAAACUUCAGAGGCACCAUCGAGGGCUUCGGAGACAAGUACGUGAUCUCAGGGGAAGCCGCGGUGCUCCCCGGGGACAAGAUUGAGAUCACUGAGUUACCCAUAGGCACCUGGACACAGAAUUAUAAGGAGAACGUUCUGGAACCGCUGCUAGGGACUGACAAAGUGAAGCCGGUUAUAUCUGAGUAUAGGGAAUACAACACAGACACGACAGUCCGCUUCGUGGUGUCGCUGCUUCCGGGCAAGCUGCCCGAAGUGGAAGCGGAGGGCGUGCACAAGGUGUUCAAGCUGCAGACCACCAUCUCCCUGACCUGCAUGAACGCAUUCGACCAUCUCAACUGUCUCAACAAAUACGAGAAAGUAGAAUCAAUACUCCGUUCGUUCUACGAGCUGAGACUCAGGUACUACGUGAAACGUAAAGACUGGCUGGAGGGGCAGCUCCAGGCCGAGGCGGACAAGCUGUCCAACCAGGCGCGCUUCAUCCUGGAGAAGUGCGACAAGGGGCUCGUCAUCGAGAAUAAGAAGCGGAAGGCCAUGGUCGAGGAACUCAUCAAGAGAGGAUAUGCCCCGGACCCCAUCGCUGAGUGGAAGAAGCGAGCUGCCAAGAUGCAGAACUUGGACGGAGCUGAUGAGGAGGAGGACGCUGAGUCUGAGGACGAACCGGAGCCCGAGCCUGAGAAGGGGAAACCUGCUGACCCUGACAAAGCGUUCCAACAACUGAAAGAAGUAAAGAAAUUCAACUACCUCCUGGGCAUGUCCAUGUGGAUGCUCACCAAGGAGAAGAAGGAGGAGCUGUUGAAGCAGAGGGAUCAGAAGCUCACCGAACUCACAGCGCUCAAGGCUAAAACCCCCGCCAUGCUAUGGCGCGAGGACCUGGACGCCCUGCUGCUGAAGCUGGACGAGGUGGAGGAGCUGGAGCGGCAGGACGAGCUGGGCGUCAACAAGAAGACCAGCAAGGCGCUGGCCGCCAACAAGAAGAAUCGCAAGUCACUAAUGGACAUAAUUCCGUCUGAGAACGGUCGCCGCAUCGAGCCCAAGAUAUCUGAGGACCUCAUCAAGAGGAUCCAGGCCGCUGAGAAGGCCAAGACCAGGAAGGAGAUCAAGAAGGAAUAUGAUCCGGACGAUCCGACGGGCGUGAGCCCGGCGAGCGGCGAGAAGAAGCCCCGGGGCAGGGUGAAGAAGGAGAAGGUGGAGAAGCCGGAGAAAGACAAGGACGGGCUCAAGCAGACCAAACUGGGCUUCAAGAAGGAGCCUAAAAAGAGGAUGACGUUCAGCGGCAGCAGUUCUGGCGAGAUGUCGGGCUCCGAAGUGGACAUGGCGGCGCCCGCGCCGCGCGAGCGGGCCGCCGUGCGCAGGGCUGCCACCAAGGUUCAAAAAUAUAAAGACGGCGAGGAGUCUUCCUCAUCAGACUCGGAGCCGGAGUUGCACGACAACAACCUCGAUGAUGAUAAGCCCAAACAGCUGGCUCUCAGUGAUGAUGACGAUGAUGAUUUCAACGUCAAGAAGAACGGGAACAAGAAACCCGCUGAGAUGGAUUCUGACUGCCUGUUCGACUCCCUCAUCGAGGACACGAGGCGGGAGCAGAACAACCACUCGCACGUGAUCUCCAGCGACGACGGCGAGCCUGCGCCGGAGUCGCCGCCGAAGAAGAGGCCGGCGCCCAAGAGGAAAGCUGAGAAGGAGGAGAAGAAGGAGAAACCUAAGAAACGGCCCGCCAAGGUUAUCAGCCUGGACAGCGAUGAUGAUGAUAGCAUAUUUGAUAGUAAAAAGACUAAAGCAAAACCAGCGAACCCGCGCAAGAAGAAGAAGAAGAACUCGAGCGGCUCCGACAGUGACGCGCCGCCCGCGCCGCGCUCGGCUGCGCGUGCGCCGCCGCGCGGGAAGUACCACUUCAGCGACGACUCCGGCUCGGAGUCUGAUUGAACGGGGCUGUGGAAGGAUUGAUGGCGUUCACAAUGCUCACGGAGACGAUAAGAAAGGAAUAGUUUUAUAUUCUUUGAUUAUUUUUAUACAGAUUUACAUUCGAUAAUGUAUUCUAGACGCAUAUUUAGGAAGAAAUUGGCUCAUUCUAUACGUCUAAGUCGCUGGCGACUCUUUAUUUGUAUAAUAAUGGUGAUGAUGAUUUAAAUAAAAAAAACGUAGGUAGUUAUCACAAAACUUGACAAAAAAUUUUUUGGAAACUCCGCCGAUUCCCAUGUCUAACGUUCCCGUGAAAAUUUUGAGAUUUUUAUAGCUGUUUUAUAUGGGACUUAACUUAAUAAAACCACAUUAAGAUUCAGUUGCACAAUGACGACAUUUCUUAUUUCAGUUUCACACGAUCGUAUUUUUUGGUACGUUUAUGAACGUUUAUUUUUUUCAUUUUUCUAGAUAUUUUCAGACUAUUUUUUGCAAACCAUUUUUCAUAGGUGUUUCGGUCAUGGCUUAUAUUCUAUGUACUUAUAUUUUCAAAACUAAGCAAUUUUUAUUUUCCAUGUUCAUAUUUUAUUAUCGAAUCUUAUUUCGAUAUCUUCUUGUCUUUUAAGGAAAAAAGGCCUAAGAUUAAAAUUAUAUUCCAGUCUCCGCAGCAUGUCACGUGUCACGCUUUUCCAUUAUGUCGUGAAACGGGACAGCGAUAGUUAAUAAAAACGGCGUCGCGCGUGUCAUGUUACAGGGGGGAUAGUUCUGUUGAUGCGUUUAUGCAAAAGAUUAUAAAAGUUCUUUUUUUAAAAAAAAAUUAUUACUUCGUUUUUUUUCCAAUUCGUGGGAUAAUUUGAAAUAAGAACAAGUUUCUUUAUUUUUUUUUUGUCUUGUGUUGUGAUUAACAGUAUUUUAGAGUCAGGGUAAAUUAAGCAUCAACAUUUUAACGUUAAAUAUUGAUUCCAUUUUUAGAUAAUCUUCGUGUUGUAAGUCUUUAAAAUAUUGGUAUUUAAUUUUCGCUGACUUUAUAUGAGUUGACAUCUUUUAUACUUUAUUUAUGUACAAAUUUUAGUAAAUUGACUGAGGUUUAAGUUGGCGUCGUAAAAUAUUAGUUAACAUUGGCUGAGGUAACCGCUUUCUAUCAGGUGGGUACUAUUGUGUGAUAAGUUUGAGAAGAACAAUCUAUUAUCUAAGUGCGAUUUGGAUGGUAUAGUUUCUUUUUUAAGCACAACUUUAACUCAUCGCAAAUGUUAUGAAUGGUUAGAUAAUAAAUCUAUUAUUAUUUAUUUUGAACACGUAAUAUAAGGCUAUAUAUCAAUGUAUAUGUAUGUAUUAUAAUACCACCUCGACCUUUGUUUGUUUUUAAUAUCUUUAUUGCACAGAAAUUUACACUGUUCCAAGAAAUAGUACGUAGUUAUAAAAUAAAUAAAUUAUAUGCAAUGGCGGACCUUUCAAUUUAAUUCGGUAUAUAAGUUCUGAUAAAUAACAAUACAAAUGGACAAAACCAUAGUGCUGAAUGGUAUCGCAUGAUAACUAUUGUCCAAUUGUAAUAUAUAUUUUUCUAUUCAACUCAAUAUUAUUUAUUAAUUUCUUUACGUGCAUUAAGCACGUUAAAAUGUACAACAGGUGGACCUAACACCCCAAGGCAUUCUCUGUCAGUCGAACCUUUGGACCAAACUGAGAUGGACGCAAAGAAAUAUAUAAAAUAUGAAUACUUAAUAGGUUACUUAAUUUAAUUAUAUAUAAAUAAUACUAAUAACACUUACAUAGCUUUCAUUUUGCCAUCACACAUAUUUAUUUUGUUUAUCACUCUAUAUGAAAUAAAUAUUUAUUUUAUUUGUAAGCAUUAUUAAUCGUAUAUAGCAUUUGUGGUGACGCUAAAUAUAAUAAUUCAAAAUAUAAUUAAACUACCUACGUAGGUACUUUCAGCUCUAAUAAGAGAUCUGACUGUGAAUCUUUACACUUAAUUUUUUUUCUGAAAAAAAAGCAUUGUAAAUAUUUUUCUUGGUUUGUGUGAGUGUAAAAAAAAAAACUAAAGGUCUUUUGAUUAUAGUUUAUAAUAACAUUAUUGUUUUUAUAAGUUCAAAGAUGGCAAUUGGCUUUGAUUUGGCGCUAAAGGCCAAAUCCAAAUGUCAAAUACAUAUUUUUUUUUCAAAAUUAAUUCCAUUUAUAAAUUUAAAUAAUUACUCAUGUCUGUAUUUGUUAUUAUAGGCAAUACCUAUAAUAUUGUUUAAAAGUUUCCUUGUUGUGAAAAAUUGUUUUGUUCUGAUAUCUUAAAAAUUUACUUUAUCUGCACACAAUAAUAAAGAAAAUUUAAUUGCGGACAAUUUUCACUACAACCUUAAAAUCAGAUGUGCAUUAUUUUCCGUUUAAUAUUCAUUCAGCGUCAUCGUUCAUCAUUAUAUUUAUAUUCCUCUAUAAUAUGAAGACUGUCUGACAGUUUCAUGUUAAUAGCUUUAUGUUCACCUGUUAAGGGUUUCAGGAUAAAAAUAUUCCGUAUGUUAGAUAUACAUACAUACAUACAUACAUAUGAUCACGUCUAUAUCCCUUGCGGGGUAGACAGAGCCAACAGUCUUGAAAAGACUGAAUGGCCACGUUCAGCUAUUUGGCUUAAUGAUAGAACCGAGAUUCAAAUAGUGACAGGUUGCUAGCCCAUCGCCUAAAAGAGGAAUCCUAAGUUUAUAAGCCUAUCCCUUAGUCGCCUUUUACGACAUCCAUGGGAAAGAGAUGGAGUGGUCCUAUUCUUUUUUGUAAUAGUGCCGGGAACCACACGGCACGGUUAGAUAUUUUGUAAACUUUUGUAAAAUGUCAUGUAAUUUCUUGGAUCUUUUGGUUUGAUCGUUGUGGACGUUUCUAGUACCAAUAUUUAGUCGCAAUUUUAUCCUAAUCUUGACUUUAUUUUAUAUUUUUGUCAAAAAAAAUUAUGUUAUAUUUUUUGAUAUGUAAACAUUUUCUUCGUGUUUAUUUUUGACACUCGCACAAACAAAUUUCUUCAAUGAUGUUAUUCGUCUUUUCUUUAGUUUUUAUUGUCAAUCUAGUUUAAUUCGAUUUAUUUAUUAAUUUUCAUUGCGAUUUCCAGGUUGUUAUAUUGCUCCUAUGGAUUUGUUACGAACGUAUGUAAUAUUAUGUCAAUUUCGAAUAAAUUUAAUGAAACGUCUGUAUGAAUACAAUUUGUAAAUAAAUGUUUUAAUUUAA